AUGGCUCCGAUGGAAGCAUCUGUGGCUUCCAAGAGCGAGCUGCUGAAGUCCAAUCGCAAGGUGCCGCCUUCGCCUCCCAGGCCACGGCCAAGGCCUGCAGUCGAGGUACCUUGGUUCAUGCUCGGGGAACCUGCAAUGGAUACCCUGAGCAAUAGUCCCGUGACGGAGACCAACCUUUUGAUUGGAGAACCCACGGCUGUCAAAGCUGCUCCGUUUGAAUCGCUCCCUGACACGAAUGCCGGGGACCAGGAUAUACUCGCCGUCAAGGUGGGGUCGACACAAGAGCAGCACUUCCAACUUGGCGUAAGUCCAGUCCUGCUGGCUGCCAUUGACCAGGCCUGCAAGACCGCUGCUUGA